CCAACAUUUUCCGCAUACAUCCAAGUUUUUACCCGUUCGCAGAAAGCAACGCAUAGCAACUUUUUUCCCCUGGGGAUUUAAUCCUUCAAAAGGGAGAAGCAUCAAGAACUUCCGUCUCUUGGAAAUACCGCCGUUUUUGAACAGCGAUGGCAACUUUAUCUGCCGAAGGCGCCGUUGCGCUUCCUAAGAGGUCGAUGUCUAACCUGACGACAACAUACCACGGGCGACUUGGAUACGCCUGUCUGAACACCGUUCUCCGAGCUCAGAAUCCAGCCAUCUUCUGCUCUCGUACCUGCCGUUUAGCCACCGCGAAAGAGAAGGGACAAGACUACCUCAACGCAUUAUGUCUAGCCAACGCAAAGAACAUUUUGCCGAUGCUCAAAUGGAACGACGCUAACAGCAUAAAGUUUAUGCGGCUGAGUUCGGAGAUGAUGCCGUUCGCAAGCCAUCCGGAGGUCGGAUACAGCAUUUAUGAUGUUCCAGGAUUGGUCGAGGUGUUAGAGGAGGUCGGAGCAUAUGCGAAGGCGAAAGGCCAUCGUCUAACUUGUCAUCCAGGGCAAUAUUGUCAAUUGGCGUCUCCGCGAGAAAUCGUGUUCGAGAACGCCCUUCUAGAGCUGCGGUAUCAUUGCGAUAUGCUGGACAUCAUAGGAUUAGGGAAGGAGAGCGUGAUGAUCAUACACGGGGGAGGCGUCUACGGGGACAAAGCAGCAACGCUCCUCCGGUUCCGAGAACGAUGGAAGCUGGUUCCAGAAGACAUCCAGAAGCGCAUCGUUCUCGAGAAUGACGAGAUGUGCUACUCGGUCGAGGAUUUGCUACCCAUCUGCGAAGACCUUGACAUCCCACUGGUGCUGGACUGGCACCAUGCUGCCAUCAACCCAUCCGAGCAUCCGUCCACCCACUACCUCCCCCGCAUCGACGCGAUAUGGCACCGUCGCGGGAUAAAACCGAAGCAGCAUCAUUCCGAGGGUCGUCCAGGUGCGGAGACCAUGCAGGAAAGAAGAGCACAUUCAGCUCGUAUCGAGCGGUUGCCUCCUUGUCAAGAUAACGUUGACCUAAUGAUCGAGGCGAAAGACAAAGAGCAAGCGGUUCUUCAGCUGUUCCGUCAAUAUGGCCUCCAACCCGUCGCUGACGAAUACCCGAUCUCUCUCGAACGGCAAGCGGAGCUCGCGAAGCUGGCCAAAAGGGCGAACGCGAAAAUCACGUUGGAGGUUGAUCUGAAGGUAGAGGUGGAUGAAGGCGGAAACGAAAUCGCGAAGCCCAAAUCGCCGCCGAAGAAGCGGAAGGCCUCGAUCAAGAAGAGAGUUCGGGUCACGGAGGAAGAGGAGGAUGAUGUAGACGAGGAAGAAAGGACAAUUAAACCUGUACGCAACCCACGGAAGAAAGUCAAGGAUCUCGUGAUUGAGGAGAAGACGGAGGUUGAGGAGGGACCGACGCAAACUCGGGGUGGACGCACUGUAAAGAAAGUGGUGUACACGGAGAAGAUCGAAUUGGAUGAGGAGGAGCAGGCCGAAGUUGCUAAAGCAGCCCCGAAGCGAAGAAAGGUGGCUACGAAGGCGAAAACGGUCGGGGCAGAGACUCCGGAAACCAAGACUGGUCCCGCGAAACGGAAGCGUGGCACGGCGAAAACGCCCGCAUCGGAAGCAGACGGCGAAGCAAACAUCGAAGAGUCUAUUGCAUCCACCGACCCGAAAGCCAAGAAGGUUGCACCCAAAAGGGCUAAGCCCGCACAAGAUGAGGAAGCAGCUACCAUUCGGGCAGCCGCGCCGGUCAGGCAAAGCAGAAGGCUCAGCAAACCCAGAAGUCCUAAGCUUGAUGGAAGGCAAAGCAGAGGAGCCAACAUCCGUGCCUGAAGCCACAACGAAGCCGAAGCCUCCGCGGACCCGGGCAAAGCAAGUCUAGCAGUAUAUGGAAUGCCAAUAAUUCGUGAAGCAGAACUGCGGGGCUGUCUCUUCGAGGGGCCUUUGAGUAUGACCCCCGCUUGGCCUUUGUUGCUUUUUGGAGGUGCACUUCCUGUUGUUUUUGAUUGCAUAUCUUUAUAGCGUACCAUUGAGGACCCCGGCGUCGUAGACAGACUGCCAAAAUAAUGGAC